CUGUAGCUAUCUCUGUCUACGGCUCUGCAGCUCGACUCGGGCUACGAAACUUACGAGACUCGAGCCAACCGUUCUGUUCCGGUCGUACCCAUCUUUAAGUUAAAUCAUCAGCCUAGACCGUUCUCAUUUACUUUACCAUGAUGUUGAGUGCCGUGUCUAAGGCCACAGCUGGAGCUCUCAGGGCUGUUAAACCUGCCCUUUUGCAGUCGGAGACGGCUAAUCUUUCAGCUCUCGUCACCGUCAACAACCGAAAAUAUGCCGCCAAACCCGCUGCUGCCACGAAGGGUGCUCAUGGCAAGGUUGUCGCCGUAAUUGGUGCUGUUGUUGAUGUACAAUUCGAUGAUGAACUGCCACCCAUUCUUAAUGCUCUUGAGGUUCAAGACCGUAGCCCCAGGCUCGUGCUCGAAGUGGCACAGCACUUGGGUGAGAACACCGUGAGAACCAUUGCUAUGGAUGGUACGGAAGGUCUUGUACGAGGACAAAACGUUUUAGACAGUGGAUUCCCCAUCCGUAUUCCAGUUGGAGCUGAAACCCUAGGCCGUAUUAUCAACGUAAUUGGAGAACCCAUUGAUGAACGUGGUCCCAUUCCUACUGACAAAUUGGCCCCUAUACAUGCUGAUGCUCCAGAGUUCGUUGAAAUGUCUGUCGAGCAAGAAAUCCUAGUCACUGGAAUCAAAGUUGUCGACUUAUUGGCUCCUUAUGCUAAGGGUGGAAAGAUUGGAUUGUUUGGUGGUGCUGGAGUCGGAAAAACUGUACUCAUUAUGGAGCUCAUCAACAAUGUUGCUAAAGCUCAUGGUGGUUAUUCAGUUUUUGCUGGUGUUGGAGAACGAACCCGUGAGGGUAACGAUCUUUACCAAGAAAUGAUUGAGUCUGGUGUAAUUUCCCUUAAGGACAAAACUUCCAAAGUAUCUUUGGUAUACGGACAAAUGAACGAACCACCAGGUGCCCGUGCUCGAGUUGCCCUUACUGGUUUAACUGUUGCAGAAUAUUUCCGCGAUCAAGAAGGACAAGAUGUAUUACUUUUCAUUGAUAACAUCUUCAGAUUCACUCAGGCUGGUUCUGAGGUAUCAGCUCUGUUAGGUCGUAUUCCUUCCGCCGUAGGUUAUCAACCAACCUUAGCCACUGACAUGGGUACUAUGCAGGAACGAAUUACGACAACAACGAAGGGAUCCAUCACUUCGGUACAGGCCAUUUAUGUGCCAGCUGAUGAUUUAACAGAUCCAGCUCCUGCUACCACUUUUGCCCAUUUGGACGCCACUACUGUACUUUCUCGUGCAAUUGCAGAAUUGGGUAUUUACCCUGCUGUGGAUCCUCUUGAUUCAACAUCUCGUAUUAUGGAUCCUAAUAUCAUUGGUGCUGAGCAUUAUAACAUUGCUCGUGGUGUUCAAAAAAUCUUGCAAGAUUAUAAAUCACUGCAAGAUAUUAUUGCUAUUCUUGGUAUGGAUGAAUUGUCAGAAGAAGAUAAGAUAACUGUCGCAAGAGCACGUAAAAUCCAAAGAUUCUUGUCCCAACCAUUCCAGGUCGCUGAAGUUUUCACCGGUCAUCUCGGUAAACUUGUACCUUUACAAGAAACUAUCAAAGGAUUCCAAAAAAUCCUGAACGGUGAAUUAGACCAUUUACCGGAAGUUGCUUUUUACAUGGUCGGUCCUAUUGAAGAGGUGGUCGCCAAAGCCGAAUCAUUGGCAAAAUCAUAAACUUAUGAUUAAUUAAAAUUGGAAAUUAAAUUUCUUAUUGCCAUUUCAUGUUGAAGAUCAUUUGUCCACCUUUGUCAAAUAGUAAUUAAAUGUUCAUAGAAAAAGAAAUUUGUGACAGCAAAAAUGAUCAUAACGAUUGGAUAUAAAAAGUUUAUAACAGUA